AUGUUAGUCGAAAACUACUAUAUCAGUCGUGUACGACAAACUAGGCAACCCUUGAUCAACAAUAUUCAGUCCCAACUUCCACAAGACGCAGUUCUACCCAUCAAAUUCAAACGCUACAACUUAUCAAUAAGCGGUUGGGACUCAGAAGAUAAUGAUGUCCCAAUGAUAGUUAUUCCAAAUCCAAAAGUUUUAAGAGCUCAAGAAACCAUUACAGAGGUCUCUCGUGCCGAGCUAUUGUCUGAUAGGAGUGCAUCCACUGUGCUCAUGUAUGAGGUUCUUUCGCGGAUGGAUGUCCCAGAAGAUGAGCGACCAGUCAUCAUAGAAAAAAUAUUUCUGGUGCUCGAAUCGGCCAAUACCAUGCUGCCUAUCUGUGUGGACAUCAAACGUGUUACUUGCCGACUUCAAUAUAUGAGGGAUCGAUCCGAUCGGAUGAUUCCGAGGGUUACAAAUGAAUCCAUGGAUACAUAUGAGGUCAGGCCUAUUCCAGCAGCUAAAUCAUUCAUUAAAGAUUUGGAGAGAGUGAGCCUUGAUGAUUCGGAAGAUGUAAAAGAGUCGUGUGUUAUUUGUAUGGAGUGUUUUGAGGGUGGCGUUCAAGCUGUUCGCCUGCCUUGUUCACACAUUUUCCAUGAAAAUUGCAGUGUCCAGUGGCUAAUGACCAGUCACUUGUGUCCUUUGUGCCGAUACCCAAUGCCUUGUGAAGAAGAUUUGCUUGGACAUUGA